GGUAAAGAAAACAGUUGUUUGCUGUAGGGUUUUGUUUUGAGCUCCAGCCCCAAAACUAGAUCAGAAGAGGAGUCCAUAGACAGAGGGGAUAGCUUUUCUCCUGCUUUCCUCUCUCUUUACACCCUCCUUCUUUGUGGCUUAUUGUUCUUGAUUUUUCAAUUCUUUCAUGUAAUCAUCUGAAUCUCCUUCUUGUUAUAACAAUUCCCUCAUUUUCCUUUGUUAAUUUUAGUGUACACUGUUCAUCUUUGAGUGCUUGUAUUGUGAUGAUUUCUUCUCUCUCUCUCUCUCUCACUUUUGAUUACUACUUCCUUUUGAUUUCUUUUCUAAUCUGGGUUUGAAUGAUUUCACUCUUUUUGAGCUUCAAGAGGAAGUGAGCUUUGGUAUUAGAGAAGAAGAUUACAUGUUCAUGAUGUGUUAGGUCGUGAUGAUGGUGAAAAUGAACAAUUCGGAUCUUUUGACCAGAUAAAGAGAUCAGGUAAAGCUAAAAAAAGAAAAAGGCAGUCUUGAAGAAAAGAUGUCCCCUUUGAUGUCUAUUCUUGAUUGUAAUUGUCAAUGAGAGAGAAAUAGAGAGAGAGAGAGAGAGAGAUAAAAGAGUGUGAAACUCUUCUCUUUGUAAUCUUUUUUCUACCACACGCUUCAUGUCCUUUUCCAUGGUCGUGAUGUGCCUCGAAGAAUACUUCUGUUUUUUGUUGCUUGGUUCAGAGUGAUUUUCAAGGGUUUGCUCUGUUUUGGGUCUUUUUUUUCCUCUCCUGAUAAGUCUUUUCUUUUCCUAGUUUUGUCAACAAAAGGGUGUGUGAAAAUGCCUAUGUAUCAGCCAUUUAGUCGUCGGAGAGAUGGGGAUGUGAAGUGCGAUGUCGGCGGUGGCGGGCACAUCUUGGAUCUGGAAACCGCCGUGAAAGAUGGAAUUUUAGGCGGCGGAGGCGGGGCUAUCUGCGGCGGCGGCGCCACCGGUGAGAAACUGGAUCUGAAAAAGAUGAUUGCAGAGCUUGAUUCAAUAGAGGUCCCCUGUGUCUUCAUUUGCCCAAUUUCUUUGGAGCCAAUGCAAGAUCCAGUGACUCUCUGCACUGGGCAGACCUACGAGAGAUCAAACAUUCUCAAAUGGUUCUCUUUGGGACACUUCACUUGCCCCACCACAAUGCAAGAGCUCUGGGACGAUUCGGUGACCCCAAACACUACCCUUCACCAUCUAAUCUACAGUUGGUUUUCUCAGAAGUACUUGGCGGUGAAGAAGAGAUCAGAGGAUGUUCAAGGAAGGGCUUUGGAGCUUUUGGAGACUCUGAAGAAGGUUAAAGGUCAAGCCAGAGUUCAAGCACUCAAGGACCUUAGACAGGUCGUCACUGCUCAUGAUUCAGUGAAGAAAACAGUGGUCGACAAUGGUGGAGUUGGACUAAUUUCUUCAUUGUUGGGUCGGUUCACUACGCACGCAGUUGGGUCCGAGGCAAUUGGGAUUCUUGUGAAUUUGGAUCUUGAUUCGGAUUCAAAGACGAAUUUGAUGCAACCUGCCAAGGUAUCGUUAAUGGUGGACAUGUUGAAUGAAGGGUCGGUUGAGACGAAGAUCAAUUGCACGAAAUUGAUCCAAAUGUUGAUGGCUGGGAAGGAUUUCGAGUCAGAAAUCGUGUCGAGUUUGAGCCUCUUGGUAGGGUUGUUGAGAUUAGUUAAAGAUAAGAGACACCCAAAUGGAGUAUUGUCAGGACUCGGAUUACUCAAGAUGAUCUGCUCGCACGAAUCGGUGAGGAAUUCAGUAGUGAGCAUUGGGGCUAUUCCUCAGAUAGUUGAGCUUUUGCCCAAUUUGAAUGCUGAGUGUUUAGAAUUAGCCCUUCACAUCCUUGAAUUUUUGAUAACUCUUCCAGAGGGUAGAUUGGCUCUCAAGGAUUGUCCCAACACCAUUCCUAACGUGGUCAUGUUGUUAAUGAAAGUUUCAGAAAAAAUCACUCAAUUGGCGCUUUCGAUCUUGUGGGUUGUCUGCAAGCUUGCCCCUGAAGAAUGUGCACCGCUCGCCAUCGAUGCAGGCCUCGCUGCAAAGCUCUUGCUGGUAAUUCAGAGCGGUUGCAAUCCCGCAUUGAAGCAACGGUCAGCCGAGCUCUUGAAGCUGUGUAGUCUAAAUUACACAGCUACUAUCUUCAUUUCCAAGUGUAAGCUUACAAGAACAAUACAAUGAUGGGAAUUAACAAGUUGUUCAUAUGGAAAUGAUGAGCUUGUGGGUUCCUGAGGUACCCUUUCUCUCUCAUGUGUAUAUUAUAGAGGAGAAUGUUGAUUUGAUCCAAUUGGUUUCACAGAGGAAGCAUCAUAAUGUGAAUUUAUAGGCUAAUUGUUAUUAUGCUUGGUAGCUAUUGCCAAAGUUUUCCAAUAAGCUAUGCUAGUCUGUGUUCACCAACAAAGGUACCACCGCCGAUGAUUCGCGACCUUCAAAUGGUUGUUUGAAUCUGCAAGUGAGGAGAGCUGUGAAUCAUGAUUUUGCCAUGGAGUUGGGUUGGGAUCUCAACAUUCAAGAACUGAUGGGGUAGAGAACUUGUAGGCUUGUGUUGGCACUUGUAAUUAUUGUUAAUUUUAUUAAGUUCUGUGUUACAUUGAUCUCAAAUUUUCCAUCCCUAUUUCCUUCUUUCUGAAGGUUGUCUGGGGACUUUUUAUAGUUUCAUUUUUGUUCAUUGUUCAAAGGGGUGGUUCACUUUUGUUCCCACCAUUGAUUGUAGAGUUUUGUAAGUUUGACCUUUCAAUAUAAAAUCAACUUGUUCAAUGAAUUACCCAUUUUUCAAUCGA